AUGGAGGAGGACAAGCAGAACCCGGAGCACCGGAGCAACAAGGUCCGGAGAAGACAAGCAGCAGGCUCUUCCUCUGAUAGCAGCGAUGUUGAGAAACAGGGAGGAAGACGAGCACUCAAGCGCCACCACUGUCAGCACUGUGACAAAUCCUUCUCAACAUCUGGAUCUUUAAAAGUGCAUGAGAGAUUUCACACUGGAGAGAAACUACACAGCUGUGACCAGUGUGGGAAAGCUUUCAGCAGUCAAGGUCGGCUAAAAGUUCACCAACGUAGUCACACUGGAGAGAAACCGUACAGCUGUGAUGAAUGUGGGAAAGGUUUCACCACUAAAUAUCACUUAAAAAACCAUCAACGCAUUCACACUGGAGAGAAACCACACAGCUGUGACCAAUGUGGGUAUGCAUUCAGUAGUCAAGCUCAGUUAAAAAUUCACCAACGUAUACACACUGGAGAGAAACCAUACAGCUGUGACCAAUGUGGGAAAGCUUUCAGCAGUCAAGGUAGCCUAAAAAUUCACCAACGUAUACACACUGGGGAGAAACCAUACAGCUGUGACCAAUGUGGGAAAGCUUUCAGCAGUCUAGAUAGACUAAAAGUUCACCGCCGUACACACACUGGAGACAAACUGUACAGCUGUGAACAAUGUGGUAAAGCUUUCACCACAUCAAAUACUCUAAGUACCCACCAGCUCAUUCACACAGGACAGAGACCUUACAGCUGUAACCAGUGUGAUAAAGCUUUCAAAACUCGAACGGAACUAACACUCCAUGAGCGCGUUCACACAGGGGAGAAACCGUACAGCUGUGUGGAAUGUGGGAAAGCUUUCGCACAGUUAAGGUCUUUCCAAUUCCAUCAGCAUACUCAUACAGGAGAAAAACCAUACGUCUGUGAUCAGUGUGGGAAAGCUUUCGGCAGUCAAGGUAACCUAGAAAAACAUCGGUGUCUUCACACUGGAGAGAGACCGUACCCGUGUGAAGAGGUGGUCUCGGUCCGGUUACAAAUGAACUCUGGUGCGGUUGGUUUGUGGUGAGAACGUGUUCCGACCUGGAGGAUUAUUAAUGUGCAUCUCCUCCUGUACUGCCUUAAUAUGCACAUUCAGCACAUCUAAUGCAUCAAAACAUUGUUUUUAGGCUAAGUUAGGAGCUCUGUGAGAGUGUUCUCAGGAUGUUUGUGAAUACGACCCCAGGUUUGAUUUAGCAGUUUAGUCUUUGUUAAUUAUGUUUUUUUUUAAUCCACUCAAAUUUUGCUGAUACUCCUGUAAUAAAAUAUUCUAAUCUCAGGGUUCAACUACUAAUGAUAUUUAGGUGAAGCUGCAACAAAGACGUUUUGUUUUACCCUCCAGUAGUCUGCAGAGAAUUUUCUUGAUUUAUGGCCUGUUAAACAAAAGAUUGUCACUGUGGCCGGAUGUUCUGACCUCUGUGAAUGAUCUGAAAGAGUUGUGGCCUGUUAAGUAACAGAUUGUUCAGUAAUUUUAUGUAUCGUAUUAUGUGUUUUACAUUUGAUGUAAAUGUGUUGAAGUCUUAUCCAGUGUCUUGCAUGUGUCCUCUGUUUGUCCACAUGUAGAAGACAGCUGAGUUUUUCUUCCUGAGCUCCACCUGUAUAAAGACGGAGGCUCAGCAGGGCUGAGCUGUUCAUGAUGUGUUGAGAUGGUGAGCGGUGGUCAGCAUGGUGUAUUCUCUUGGGAUUGUUUCAGAUGUGUUUCUGGAUCAGUUCAUCUAUCCUGCUGAGACAAAAAUGCACGUUUACAAGCCAAUCACCGGAGAACUGAUCACAACAAUAUCCACCAGGUGAUAAAAAGGGCGCUGCAACACCUCUUUCAUCUCAGGCAGCUGAAAACACUGGGCUUGGGACCCAGUAUCCUGUGGGCUUUCAACAGAGGCACAACUGGGAGCAUCUGACUGGACGCGUCACUGCAUGAUACGGGAACCACAAUGCCUCAACUGCAAGGUGCUACAGUGAGCCUCCCUCCAUCCAGGAUAUUUACAACGAAUGAUAUGUGAAAAUAUCCGCAGUAUCAUCAAAGACUUAAGCCACCCCAACCGUGGAGUGUUUCAGCUGCUGCUGUCCAGCAAGUGGCACCGCAGCCUCAAGGCCUGGAUCAGCAGGCUUAGAAACAGCUUUUUAAUCGGGCAACCAGGCUUAUGGACAACCUGGUGUACACACACACACACACACACACACACACACACACACACACA